AUGGAGGAAAGUAGGUGUUUUAAGGGGUUAGAGGUUGGUGGAGUAGGGAAUUGGGGAUGAGAAGGAAGCAAAUGAAUGAAGAGGAGAGUUGAGGAGGAAUUAGAUGAUGAGGAAGGUGGAUUUUGGGCAGUGUGAGGCCGCAGUGAUAGAAUAUGGUUUUUCAGAUAUUUAGAAGAAGUGACCAGCUAUCUUAGUUGUUGCAAAUCAUACAAAUUAUCUAGAGAAGAGACUAAUCCUAAAACACCUAAUUGUUCUUCAUGAUGAGAAGGCAAGUUAUUUUAUUAGCUUCUUGAAA